CCAGAUCCCAUCGACCCCCCAAAUCCUUCUGCUCCUCCAAAAUACAGAUCGCUAGCGGAGCAGCUUGCUCCGCAGCAGGAUCGAGCUGCUGAAGGCCGGCAGCAAGGCGGCGGGCGGUCAGACUCAGGGGUGGGGGGCAGGGAGGAGGACCCCGGCCAGGCAAAUUCGGCUCAGGGUGGCAGCCACACAAGCCCCUGAUGCCGGAGCAGACCAGAUCCGGCGCUCCGAUGGAGUGGACAACGGUGCAGCACCUGGACCUGCGCCACUCCGGCGGACGCCGCGGCGCCUCGGCCCGCCCGAUGCAGCCGCACGCCGCCGCCUUCCGCGCCUCCCAGGCCAUCGUCGCCGUCGCCAUCGGCACCCACGUAGUUGAAUUUGAUGCUCUGACGGGAAGCAAGAUAGCUUCAAUUGACCUUGGCACCCGUGUUGUUCGUAUGGCAUAUAGCCCUACCACUAGUCAUGUUGUUAUUGCUAUUCUUGAGGAUGCUACAAUCAGAUCCUGUGAUUUUGCCACGGAGCAGACACUUGUGCUGCACUCGCCUGAAAAAAAAUCAGAUCAUGUCUCAAUAGAUACGGAAGUUCAUCUUGCAUUGACACCCCUUGAGCCUAUUGUCUUCUUCGGUUUUCACAAAAGAAUGAGUGUAACAGUUGUAGGGACUGUUGAAGGAGGGAGACCGCCAACCAAAAUAAAGACUGAUCUUAAAAAACCUAUUGUUAACCUGGCUUGCCAUCCCCGCCUCCCUGUAUUGUAUGUAGCUUAUGCUGAAGGCUUGAUACGUGCCUACAACAUCCAGACAUAUGCUGUACACUACACCUUACAACUUGCUGUUGACAGUACAAUUAAGCUAAUGGGAGCUGGUGCGUUCGGGUUUCAUCCGACCCUGGAGUGGAUAUUUGUUGGUGAUAGAGGUGGUACUCUCCUGGCAUGGGAUGUAUCAACUGAGAGGCCAAGUAUGAUUGGCAUUACACAGGCUGGUUCCCAGCCUAUCACAUCUGUAUCCUGGCUUCCUACUCUGCGGUUGCUUGUUACUAUUGCAAAGGAUGGAUCACUUCAAGUAUGGAAGACACGAGUUAUAAUAAACCCUAACAGACAACCUAUGGAAACUCAUUUCUUCGAGCGUGCAGCUAUUGAAACAAUGGAUAUCACAAAGAUACUAACUCUUCAAGGAGGAGAAGCAGUGUACCCACUACCCCGAAUAAAAAAUUUGGCAGUACAUCCCAAGUUCAAUUUGGCUGCUGUAAUUUUUGCGGAUAUGUCCGGGACAGAAGCUGCAAAGAACAAGGCUGCAUACACAAGGGAAGGGAGGAGACAACUUUUUGCUCUUCUUCAGGGAGCUAGGGGAUCAACUGCUGCUGUUUUGAAGGAGAAACUUUUAGCAUUGGGAUCAUCAGGAAUAUUAGCAGAGCAUCAACUUCAGGCACAGCUGCAAGAGCAGCAUUUGAAGGGCCAGAGCCAGCUAACCAUUUCAGAUGUUGCAAGAAAGGCAUUCCUUCACAGUCAUUUCAUGGAAGGGCAUGCUAAAAGUGGUCCAAUCUCUCGCCUACCUCUCGUUACAAUUUCAGAUUCUAGCAACCUUUUGCGAGAUGUUCCUGUUUGUCAGCCAUAUCAUCUGGAGCUGAAUUUCUUCAAUAAGGAAAACCGUGUUGUUCAAUAUCCAGUUAGGGCUUUCUAUUUGGAUGGAUUUAACUUGAUGGCCCAUAACCUAUCAUCUGGGACCGACAAUCUCUAUAAGAAGCUUUACUCAACGAUUCCCUCAAAUAUGGAAUGCCAUCCCAAGAAUAUAUCUUACAGUCCAAAGCAGCAUCUUUUUCUUGUUGUGUUUGAAUUAAGUGGUCCAAAUGGAGUGGCGCAUGAAGUUGUUCUUUACUGGGAGCAGACUGAUCUACAGACAGUAAACAGCAAAGGAAGUUCGAUAAAAGGUCGUGAUGCUGCCUUUUUGGGCCCAGAUGAUAAUCAAUAUGCUAUUCUGGAGGAAGAUAAAACUAGCCUGAAUCUCUUUAGUCUCAAGGCAGUAGCCACAAAGGAAGCUCUUGAAAAUAAUGCUGCUGUGCUUGAAGAAAACACUUUUGCUGAUAAUGCUGCUAACUCAACGGAACGCCAAGGUCCUCUGCAUUUUACUUUUGAAUCAGAGGUUGAUCGCAUAUUUUCUUCUCCUCUAGAAUCAACAUUGUUGUAUGUGAUUUCGGGAAAGCAUAUCGGACUCGCAAAGCUCCUGCAGGGAUACAGGCUGUCUACAGACAAUGGGCUAUCCAUCACAACAAAAACUGAUGGGAAGAAGUUUAUCAAGUUGAAACCAAAUGAGACUGUUCUUCAGGUCCAUUGGCAAACAACUCUUAGAGGUCCAGUAGUAGGAAUAUUGACAACUCAGAGGGUACUAAUUGCUUCUGCAGAUCUUGACAUACUAUCAAGCAGCUCAACAAAAUUUGAUCGGGGUCUCCCAUCAUAUCGAUCAAUGUUGUGGGUUGGACCAGCACUUAUCUUCUCAAGUGCAACUGCUAUAAGUAUGCUUGGCUGGGACAACAAAGUCCGAUCAAUCCUCUCCACUAGCUUUCCUCGUUCAGUAUUAAUUGGUGCAUUGAACGACCGGCUGCUGCUUGUAAAUCCAACAGAUAUAAAUCCAAGACAGAAAAAGGGAGUGGAAAUAAGGAGCUGUUUAGUUGGGCUUCUUGAACCUCUUCUCAUUGGAUUUGCUACCAUGCAGCAACAUUUUGAGCAAAAACUUGAUCUUUCAGAAGUGCUGUACCAAAUAACCUCAAGGUUCGAUAGUUUACGCAUUACUGCAAGGUCAUUGGACAUACUAGCUAAAGGACCUCCUGUUUGUGGAGACCUUGCUGUAUCAUUAUCUCAAGCAGGACCUCAGUUUACCCAAAUUAUGCGCUGCAAUUAUGCAAUUAAAGCUCUUCGGUUCUCUACUGCUCUGUCAAUUUUGAAAGAUGAGUUCUUGCGUUCCAGAGAUUAUCCUCAAUGCCCUCCCACUUCCCAUCUGUUCCAGCGCUUCCGAGAGUUGGGAUACGCAUGUAUAAAGUAUGGUCAGUUCGACAGUGCAAAAGAAACGUUUGAAGUUAUUGCAGAUCAUGAGAGCAUGCUGGAUCUAUUUAUAUGUCAUCUGAACCCCAGUGCAUUGCGGCGCCUUGCGCAAAAGUUAGAGGAAUCUGCUACAGAUUCUGAGUUGAGGCGAUACCUUGAGAGAAUAUUAAGAGUUCGUUCAACUGGAUGGACGCAGGGCGUAUUCGCCAAUUUUGCUGCUGAAAGUAUGGUUCCUAAAGGUCCUGAAUGGGCCGGUGGAAACUGGGAGAUCAAAACACCUACUAACAUCAAGACUAUACCUCAGUGGGAGCUUGCAGGAGAAGUCAUGCCCUACAUGAAGACAACUGAUGCAGGUAUCCCAUCCGUUGUUGCAGAUCAUAUUGGUGUGUACUUGGGUGUGAUGAAGGGCCGGGGCAAUGUAGUGGAAGUAAGUGAAAAGAGUUUGGUUAAAGCUAUAGCAGCAGCUAGUAGUGAGAAUGCACAGCCAGUAUCUUCCGAAUCAGCUGAGAAAAAUAAGGCAAUUGCUGGUGGUGAUUCGGUUGGUGAUACUCUGGCCAGGCAGCUGGGUGUCCAAAUUGCAUCUUCUGAUGAACAGGCAAAAGCUGCUGAGGAGUUUAAGAAGACUUUGUAUGGUGUUGUUGAUGGUGCGAGUAGUGAUGAAGAUGAGUCUACCUCGAAGACUAAAAAGAUACAUAUAAGGAUACGUGAUAAGCCGGCUGCAUCUGCUGUUGAUGUUAACAAAUUGAAAGAAGCAACCAAACAGCUAGGCUUGGGUCCUCCACUGAGUAGGACAAGAUCAUUAUCAGGGACACCACAAGAAUUCAAUCAGGCUCCUACGCAGCCAGGAGGUCCAGCAGCUGCUGUUUCUCCAGCAAUGCCAAAUACUGCAAUUGAUUUGUUUGGAACAAAUACUUUAGUUCAACCACAAGCACCCUCUGGUGCCACAGGUCCUGUUAUUGCAGGCAUGGGAGUGACGGCUGGACCUAUCCCUGAGGACUUCUUCCAGAACACUAUUCCAUCGCAUCAACUUGCGGCUCGACUACCCCCUCCUGGAAUAGUCCUGUCUCGAAUGGCUCAACCUGCUCCUGGAAUGUAUCAAGGCCCACCAGUACCUAAUCAAAACAUGAUGGCUAACGUUGGCCUUCCAGAUGGUGGGGUGCCGCCACAAGCACCACCGCAGCAGUCCCAGUUUCCUCAGCAACCAGGCAUUCCUAUGGACAACAUUGGCCUGCCUGACGGUGGUGUUCCUCCACAGAGCCAACCACUUCCUUCACAACCCCAGACACUUCCUUCACAGCCACAGGGCUUUCAACCUGGCAUUCCCACUCCAUCACAGCCAAUUGAUCUCAGCACUCUGGUGGAGGGUCCUGGAGCGGCAAAGCAAGCUGCUCGUCCGCCAGCUCCUACUGCUGUGCGCCCUGGCCAGGUACCGCGUGGUGCUCCUGCAGCAGAAUGCUACAAGAUGGCUCUUGCUCACCUUGAGCAGAAUCAGCUUACCGAUGCACUAUCUUGUUUGGAUGAAGCAUUCUUGGCCCUCGCAAAGGACCAGUCACGUGAAGCUGAUAUCAAAGCGCAGGCCACCAUUUGUGCUCAGUAUAAGAUUGCAGUUGCUCUGCUACAGGAAAUUGCUCGCCUGCAAAGGGUUCAAGGCGCUGGUACUCUCAGUGCUAAGGAGGAAAUGGCCAGGCUAUCUCGGCACCUCGCUUCCCUACCCAUCCAAGCCAAGCACCGGAUCAACUGCAUCAGGACCGCCAUCAAGCGGAACAUGGAGGUCCAGAACUACGCCUACGCCAAGCAGAUGCUGGACCUCCUCUACUCCAAGGCGCCCCCCACGAAGCAGGACGAGCUCAAGAGCCUGAUCGACAUGUGCGUCCAGAGAGGGCUGACGAACAAGUCCAUCGACCCGUUCGAGGACCCCUCGCAGUUCUGCUCCGUGACCCUCAGCCGGCUCUCGACCAUCGGGCACGACGUGUGCGACCUCUGCGGCGCCAAGUUCUCGGCGCUCUCAGCGCCGGGGUGUGUCAUCUGUGGCAUGGGGAGCAUCAAGAGAUCCGACGCCCUCGCCGGUGGGCCGGGACCUGCUGUGCCCUCGCCCUUCGGCUAAGCUGCGGACGCUUCCUUCCAACCUUUGUUUUUUAUCUUGUAUCUACAGUGUGCAGUUUGCAUUCCUUCUGCUCGAUUGUUGUAGCUUGUAUGUAGCCUUUUUUUUUGACGUGUAGCACGUUGGUGUAAAGAGUUGAGAGACUUCCAUGUACGCUUACUUUGAUUUGGAUGUGAUUAUACACACGGUUUUGGCGAGGUAGCAAUGUGAGAGAAAUCUAGUAAGCUCUUGGUUACACA